AUGUCUCGCACCAGUGUCCGUUGGUCGAAGCGCCUGAGCGCUGUGUCUUCUGAAUCAGAUACUAGCAUUACGCAAAACACCUCCCCGGCGCCUUCAGCAGCUGAGGUACACAGCCCCAAUCUAGGCAAGCAGCUUGAGCAGGUUCUCAAGAUGGAGCUGCCGCUUAGCAUCUCAAUGAUUGCAUACGUUGCACGUAUGGUGAUUGUCGCAUGGACUUUGAGUGUGGAGCCAGUUGCGUGGGAGUAUGGAGAGAGUGGAUUCAAGGUCCCUGACAUUGGGGCUCUGGGUGACAAAAUCGUCCUGUGUUGA